AUGGAGCGGCUACAGUAGUAAAAUUUCUAUCAGACCCAGAGAAUCCUUUAGUAGUUCAAAAAAAUUUAGGAUAAUGUGACUUCUCAUGCUGAUGCUGUGGUAGCUUCAUAUGUUGCGAAUAACUCACUUGCUUUGUAAAAGUAGAACGAGUAAAAGUCAUCAAUUACCAUAAACUCUAUAUUUGAAAAUGACAAUAAAGACUUGACCUUCGAUAGCAAAGACUUCUUAUAAGAUAAUUACUAAGCCAAUGAUAUAAACUACAAUAAAAAGCAGAGCUAAAUAAGUAUGAAUGGGAUUCCUUCUCAGAACAUCAAUACAGUAAAUAAAUAAGAAUUUAAAGGUAUUUUAAAUGAAAAGGAAGGGAUUUUACAAAAUAUUAAUGACUUUACUCUACAAAAUAUUAUCAAGGAGGAUGUGUUCAACUUCUAGCCUAGUGAGAUCGAAAUCAAUGAAGGCUCUAAUAACUAUUCUUAAGACAUAAUGAAAAUCAAUCUGAAUCAUAUGAACCUAUUCUGGACAGAGACAGCCAUCACAGGUGUGAGGAUGAUUAGCAAGAUUCAUUAACUUUAGAUGACUAGAAUUUUUUCAAUAAGCCUAACUCAUCCCGCUUUAAUAAACUUUACUCAGAUCAUUGAUUCUAUCGACCGAAAGAAGUUGUUAUAGGAAAUGGCUGAUAUCGAAGAUCCCUCUAAGAUCAUAAUUAUGAUGUCUAGAGGUCUUUUAAACCUUCUAAACCUGGCUAAUAAUGGCAGAUUUUCUGAUAAGGUCUCAUGGCCUGAGAUUAGGAACGAAUUCAGAGUGAAUAAUGUUUAGCUUAUCAAGCAGAUGCGCUUAUUCGAAAGAAUAGCCAGACUUAAGAGAUUUAGUGAGCAUUAAACUAAAGUUUUGAAUGACCAGUAUUUAAAUUCGAUUGAGAUAUCACUCGCACUUAAGUCCACAAAGAGACAUUUUGCCUUUGAUGUUAUAACAUACUUACAGCAAGGAGUUCAUUACAUGGGAUUAAUUAUCGAUAAGAAAAUUUAGUAGUUAACUAAUCCAAUGGAUUACCAGACUAAUUCUUAGAAUAGGCAAAAACUCAAAUAAAAAUAAGAAGCCAAAUCAAAGGAAACUGACGAUAAUAGACAUUCGAGAGCAUUUUAAAUUCUGCGUAGAAAGCAAACAGAUCAUUCAUUGAAUCCUGCUGACAAAGAUAAGUUAUUACCAUUUGGUAAUAUUAAAAACAGAUUUGAAGCUAAAAGGAACUUAUCACCAUUCUAAACCACUAGAAAUCUGAUAAGCAACACUAGAUUGCAAAAAGGUGGGAAUACCCAAUCCUUCAUUUAGCAAUAAGAGAAAUCUAAAGCUGAAGAUAUAGGGGAGACAAGUGUUAUGAAUAUCCAAAAUGGUUCAAAUCACUUCAAGAAUAAAAAAGAUAGUUGCAAGUAUAUAACAUAAGUACUGCAAGAAAAAGACAAAGAGCAAUCUCAGAAAAGAUCCAGAAGUUAUUUAUCUAGCAUUUCUCAUAAUAGAACUCUAACUCCUUAGUUUAAACUCAGUGAUAAUAGUCUUUCUAUCAGCUCAAAUUAAGGAUAGAAGAGAUAAAAGCGAAAAAAUCAAAUGAGUGUCCAUCUCAAUAAAUCAAACCAUUUUAGCAAGACUUUAAAGAAUAAUUCUUGUUGGGAUGAUAACUAAAUGGAUGAACCAUAGCUAGAUGGAUAUCCUUUGCAAUAGUAAGUUGUUUUUACAGACGAGAAUUUGCUUGAAUAGCAUGAGAAUCACUUAGUCAAUGCAGAAUUUCUAAAGACAUAGUCUAGAAUAUCAAUGCCUGACAAAGAUCUGAAAUAAAGUGUGAUUUCUUAAAGAGAAAAGUUAGCUGAUUAGCUUAAGUCGAUUCAAUAAUAAAUAUUGAAAAGACCAAGAUCUAUAGAAAGGAAAUACCAAAAAACUUAUCACUAAAAUUUUAAAACCUCUGCACUAGGAUAAAACUAUUCAAGUAUCUAGCCAAUUGGAAAAUCAAAUAUAAAUGCUAAUGCUAAUCCAAGCAUUAAUACAUAGCAAGUAAAACCAAAUUAAAAGCCUUAAAGCGCAAAUAAAAACCAACUUCCAUCUACUAUUUAGCAACCAUAUUAAAGCCUUCUUUAGCCUGUUCUAACGAAGUCCAGAGAAGCUAAUAAGCCUUAGAUUAAUCAAAAUUCAUCUACUUAACAAUAAUAGCAAUCUGCAUCUCAUCAAGAUAUUCAAUAAAGAACUAUGAUAACAUAGAUUAUUAACAAGGAAAAUGAUUCAUAGAAAAGUAAAGGCUAUACUACUGCUAAAAAGAAAGAUUUACCUUCAUGGACUUAAAACCAGGUAUUAAAAGAGAAGUAAAAACUGGAAUAGACAAUUAAAAAUAUCACUAGAAAUACCAAUUAGUAAUAAUAGUACAGAACCACGCAGAAUAUUUCAGGGGUUAGCAUGCAAUAUGAGCAGACAUCAAGAGCAAGCGUUCUGUAGCAAAGUACCUAAGAAAACCUAAUAAAAAAGUAAUGA